CAAAACUCGAAAAAGCUCUGAAAGAGGGUAGCACGCGCUCCAGUACUUUCUGCAAUGUGUUCAGAUGAAGAGCGCGCGAUGGCGGGGGGCUCCGGUAACGGAAAGUUGCGUCAGUGGUUGAUACAGCAGGUGGACACCGGAAAAUACUCUGGACUAGUGUGGGAGAACGAGGAGAAAAGUAUCUUUCGGAUUCCGUGGAAGCACGCGGGCAAACAGGACUACAACAGGGAGGAGGAUGCUGCGCUCUUCAAGGCUUGGGCCCUAUUCAAAGGCAAGCAUCGGGAGGGUAUUGACAAACCUGACCCACCAACUUGGAAAACACGUCUUCGAUGUGCUCUUAACAAGAGCAACGACUUUGAGGAGCUUGUGGAGCGUAGUCAGCUUGACAUAUCAGACCCCUAUAAAGUGUAUAGGAUUGUUCCGGAAGGAUCCAAAAAAGGAUCCAGAUCUCUUGAAGAUUCACAGUCCAAUUCAAGCUCACCCAGUUAUCCAAUACACCCACCUUAUGCGCCAGCACCAUCUCAGGUGUGCAACUAUCUUUCUCCAGCAGACAGAGGAUGGAGGGAUUACUCAACCCUAUCUGAGAUCCCUUACAGCCAGAGCCCCUACACUCCGCGAUGGGAACCUGGGUACCAGUUCAGUGGCUCUUUCUACAGUUGCAAUGCAUCUGAUCCACAGCCGUCUCCCUUCACCCUGGACACCAGCAUGAGAUCUGCUGAGGCAGUGGCCCUCUCAGAUUACCGCUUACAUGUGGUGGUGUUUUACCGGGAAGCUCUGGUGCGAGAGGUAACAGUGAGUAGUCCAGAAGGCUGUCAGCUGGGCCCUAGCAGAGAGGGACAGGCCUACACUUCACCUGGGGCCCCAGAGCUGGUUGAACUCCCUCAUGCUGAAGGGGCAUCUCUGGAGCGUGGCGUUAUACUCUGGAUGGCCCCUGAUGGGCUCUACGCCCGCCGCCGCUGCCCCUGCAGGGUGUACUGGGAGGGAGCUCACGCACCACCUACCGACAAGCCCAACAAGCUGGAGAAAGAGCAGAACUGCAAACUGCUGGACACUCAUCUGUUCAUAACAGAGUUGCAGAGUUACGCCCUCCACGCUCGUCCUGCACCAUGCUCUCAAGUCCUGCUAUUCUUUGAGGAUGAGAGCACUGAUGCUCAAAGACCAAGAAGGACUUUCACAGUGCAGGUUGAGCCACUGUUUGCUCGUCAGCUUCUUUUCCUCAGUCAUCCCGGCAGCAUGAACUACAUCCGCAGCCAUGAGCUUUCACACCUGCCCGCUGAACACACCCUUUCCCCGACCCAAGACUACCACAGAGUCAUCACACAUCUCCCUAACAGCGGUCCUCAAAAUUGACCCUGGAGGCUUGUCACUUUGCCCUUAAUCCUGGAAUAACAUCUUGCUUAACCCAGGGUUAAAGCAAGUUUUAAUCCUGGGUUAAAGGGAAAGUUCACAAAAAGAGAAUAAAGAUUCUGUUAUCAUUUACUCACCCU